AUGCCGCACUCUCGAACUAUGAAAGUAGCGGUGCUGGCCCUCGUGGUCGCCAUGGGUGACGCCUUCGUUGCCCCGACUCCUCGCGCUAACAACCGGCCGACAACGAGGACGGACCGACGCGUGGAGACUUCUGCCGUUGCGCCUCUCAACAUUGCCGGGUUCUCGCUCAGCAGUAUCACGGACUUCUUUACCAGUAACCGUGAAGGGGAGACCAGCCUGCCCCAAGACCCAAAGGCCGACCAGGCUCAUCGCAAGGAGCAGCUAGAGGAGAGGAAGAAAGAGUACAGGUGGAGCACCGAGGGCCCCCCGGAGGGGGCGCCGUACUUGGACGGUUUUCCUCCCAACGACGAACUCCCCUCGGUGGCGUGGAUAACGGACCUCGUUGCCAGCGUUCUGAAGAUCGCGGUGGGAACCCUAAGGGGAAGUUUGGGUGCCGGCGAGAUCAUGGAGGCCCUCACGGACCCCGCGAAGGCGAAGACGUUCGCGACCAGGGUCAGGGAGCUUAUCAGUGGAAACUCCGCCAUCGACGAGAGGCCCGCCGACAUCGGGGAUUACGAAGAUCUCCACGCCUUCCCGAUCAAGAACCCUAAGUCAAUGUACGACUGGGAAGACGACGAGGCUUUCGCCCGCCUCCGCCUACAGGGCGGGAACUGCGUCGUUCUGGAGAAGUGCACCCAGUCCACCCGUGAGAAGCUCAAAGUCCUCGAUUCGGACCCCGUCUACAAAAAACUGAAGUCUAAGGUGGACUCCUUGAUGGACGAAGGCAAGCUCUUCGUCGUCGACCACGAGCUUCUCAAGGGUGUCGAGAGGUACCUCACCCCAAGCGUGGCCCUGUUUGAGGUGAUCGACGACGAUCUCCUUCCCAUCAGACCCAUCGGCAUCCAGCUGAGCCAGGGAGAAGAGGCGACCCCGAUCUUUACCCCUGAGGACGGCAACAACUGGCUGAUUGCCAAGGCAUGCUUCGAGUCUGCCGACUUCAUCAUGCACGAGGUCGUGUCUCACCUCGGCAGCACGCACAUCGUGCUUGAGGGCCCGAUGGUAGCCGUAAACCGCUGCCUCCCUAAGGAACACCCUGUGUACGACCUCCUCAAGCCCCACAUGGAGGGGACCGCCCUUAUCAACUGGGGAGCGCAGGAUCUGCUGAUUCAACCGAACGGCGCCUUGGACAUUCUCCAGGCGAACGACAUCGAGUCAUCAUGGGACUUAGUUCUCGAGCAGUUCUUCAACCGCAUCGCCGAAGACUUCUCCCCCGAGGCCGACUUCGCCUCCCGUCAGAUCACCAAGGAGGACUUCCCCGGGCGCUACCCUUACCGCGACUACGGCAUGCGGUACUGGGAAGCGACGCACACUUGGGUCAAGGAGUACCUCGACAUUUACUACAAGAGCGACAAGGACGUGGAGGAAGACUACGAGCUCCAGGCGAUGAUCGAGGAGCUGGUGGACAUCGGCAAGGUGUACUGGCUGAAGGAUUACUACACCACCGACGACAAAAAGGCUUUAAUCGCCAAGGUGAUCGCGAGCUGGAUCUACUCUGCGAGCACCCUCCACGCCGCGGUCAACUUCCCCCAAAAGCCGUCCAUGUCGUUCGUGCCCUCCUGCCCCGGUUCCGUCUACGCCCCUCCUCCCAUCGACAAGAGGGAGAGGACGUUCGACGAAUUCAUGAACUACCUGCCCCCCAUGGAAAUCGCCACCAUCCACGUGGCCAUGCUCACUUUGCUUGGAGACAUCUUCCACACGAAGCUUGGUCAGUACGAGACACACAAUUUCGACGAUGACCGUAUCGCCGAACCCCUCGCCAAGUUCCAGCAAGCGAUCGAGGACAUCGAGGACGACUUGGUUGCCGACAACGCCGACGUGGUGUCCGGUUGGCGCCAAAGGGGUAAGGCCAAGAGGGCCGCCAACAACAUGGCCUACACCACCCUACUGCCCGACAACAUCCCCCAGUCCAUCAACAUUUAG